CAAAUCAGCGUUGCUGCUUCACCAGAGUACUCGAAAAAAGCGCUCUCAUGGAUCGUCGACAACGAUGUGCUACUUCUGAAAGCCAAGAAACAGUCCUUAUUCGUACGUGUUCUUCAAGCUGAAGGUGUGGAUUCACGGGAGCAAAUGGCUCGUCUGAUCAACACCAUUGCCAGUUUCACCGCCGGACGAGAAUAUUUGAAUGGUCAUCUUCGGUUAUUUUUGGCAAGUGUUGUGCCAGUUCUUCGUGGGCGUCGAUUACCUUUGACAACUCAAGAGCAAUUGAUCGCCACCCUCCAGAAGGCCAGCGUGCGGCAGUCGUGCCAACGUGAGCUGCUGCAAUGCGGAAUGCUCGAGUGGGUGGUGAACUUCCUCGAGGCUCGCAAUUCAUUGUACGCCACGGAAUACGCUUGUGCAUUGGCCAUCAAUCUAUCUCUGAAUGUGAACAGCCAUUCGUUACAGUUGCGGUUUGCCGACACUCUGGCCGCGGCAGCUAGUACCAUAAUGAACAGGGAAACGCAUGGGUUAUCCUGCUCCUUGUAUAAUGCGUUGGUCUUGGUUUGGCUUGGCUGUAGUCGAGUCCGGUUGAGAGCCAAGGAGACACGACUGUACGAUGCACUUCGUACGCGAUAUCUCAAGAAACUCUGCCCACUCUGCGAUCUGCAUGUGCCGUACCUCUUGGCGGUAGUCUCUGGAGGUGAGCUCAAACUCUAA